AUGAAGCGAGCCUAUCUUCAAAGCGUCUUGUCAGACCACGAAGCUGGUCUGGGAGAGGCCUUCGAGCCUUUCGACGUAACACAAUGGGUGGAGACACGGGAUGACAAGGCUCUGUCAGACGUUCUGCGGCCAUUGGCGACGGUGGGCAAGGUGGAGGUGGAACCGCUGGUGAAGGAGCUGCUGGUGGCCAGACCGACAGCACUGGCUGCGAUCAGGAGGGGAUGCACGGAUCCAGAAAUAUUUUGGCCAGAGGUCUUGCGGCACUGGGGCCGUAAGACACUUCCCAUACUGAACAAUCUGGUUCCCUUCAUGCUGAGCAUCUGGGUGAGCUCGUCAGAGCUAGAACAAGAUUUCUCCUACCUUCAGCUUUUUCAGUUGAAGAGUCGCAUCUGUGAGACACACCUGCGGGACUUGCUCAAGGUUCUGCUUGAUGGGCCGUCGGUGUCAGACUUGUGUCCUAUGAGUCGUUCGUCAGACGGCAAGAUGCAGUACACCUCCACAGACAUGAUUUUGCGAUGUCAGGCUUUGUAUCGCAAGACUUUUGGGACGGCUAAGAAUCAGCGGAAGACACCAGACCUGCCAAGACGAAAAUUGUCAGAGAAGACAGCUGCUCCUAAAGGCGUUCAGGGCUUUCUCCGAGUCAGACAUGAUGAGAUAACAUCAUUGAUGAAGCAACAGCGGGAGGCAUCAGGGUCAGACCAGACUUUGGAGCAAGCAGGCCUUGAGGAAAUCACUGCGAAUUCGGCCACCAAGAAAGCCACCGCCAAGCAGCAAAGCCUUUGUAAGACUAUGCGAGACAAUCAAGACAAGAAGAGGAAGGCUUUGGAACUUCUGGCCGAUGGGUCAGACCCGCAUGCAGAGGCGACCUUGCAAGCUUGUCAGCAGGAGAUGCAGGCGAGAGAAGUAGCUGACCUCACACGACGUGACUUGCAAUGGUCAGAGAGGAACAACUGCACAUUAUCAUUUUCCUGCAGCUGCGUCCUGAUGCCUGGCAUUGAACUUUCGUCAGACGAGCAGUCUCUGCUUGCCAAACUGAGAAUCAAGACCUUGGCCUGGAAGUCAGAUGUGGAAUUCUUCCGGGAACUGUUCCAGGUUAAGGACCUGAUUUGGUUUACAAACGGGGACGAAGGUCAGAUUGUGUGCCAGGGCGGUCUUCGCUCGGCGUGUCAGUCCAUUGGUCAGACUGCUGGUCAGACUAAUAACGACGACGAGUCAGACAAUAAGACGCCUGAGUUAGAAAGGUUGCCCGCUUUCCUCAUGGCAUCUCGUUUGGUUGGUGGCUGGGUGGCAGGAAUCGAGUGGCUUGUGGAGUGUAAGAGAUUGGGAUGGAAGCUGCAGCCAGUGCUGCGACUGGCACGUGCUGUGAGUGUUCCCCGUGAGCUGCAUCUUCAUAACUCGUCAGAGUUUUCCUCCAUGAUCAGCCAGAUCGUGUUCGUGGGCUGUCAGAUUGCGAGUGCGAACUGCCUGUGGUCCACCCGUGACUCCCGUAAGAACCUGCAGCUCGUUUGCAAUUGA